UCCCUGCCUCCCCUCUCCGCCUGUCUCCUUCCCGCCCAGUCUGGCAGGGUCCGGCUCAGAGGGCUGGGCUUGGACCCCGGCUCCAGGUACCCGGACGAAUGGUGAGAUCAGAAGAAGGGAUUGUGUCACUGCUUCGAAGGAAUGAAUUAAACCAGCUUCCUGGCCGGUCUGAUUGACAGCUCUCUGCAGGAGAAAGUGCAUAUAAAGCAGCCGCAGCAGCAGCCGCCGGAGCCAGGGAGGCCACGUCCGCCGGCGUCCUGCUUGGAGGGGCCGGCUGCUCCUCCGCCCAGCACAUCUGCACCCUUGCUGGGCUCGCUCGGGACGUUCCGGUCCCUCGUCAUCGCCUCUUUCCACACAGCAGGGGUCCGACCGCAGGAGGCAGGAUGCUCUGGGGGCUGGUGCUGGUGUCUCUGUGGGCGUGGCCCAGUGCUCAAGCCGCCGGCCAGGACGAGGACACCUCCUUCGACCUGCUCAGCCUCAGCAACAUCAACCGCAAGACCAUCGGCGCCAAGCAGUUCCGCGGCCCCGACCCCGUCGCGCCCGCCUUCCGCUUCGUGCGCUUCGACCACCUGCCGCCCGUGGGCGCCGACGCGCUGCGCAGGAUCGCGGCGCUGUCGCGGCGGCGCGACGGCUUCUUCCUCUCGGCGCAGCUGCGGCAGGACCGCAAGACCCGCGGCACGCUGCUGGCGCUGGACGGCCCCGGCGAGGCGCAGCGGCAGUUCGAGAUCGUCUCCAACGGCCCGGCCGACACCCUGGACCUCGCCUACUGGGCCGAUGGCGCGCGGCACGUGCUGUCCCUGGAGGACGUGGGCCUGGCCGACUCGCGCUGGAAGAACGUCACGGUGCAGGUGGCCGGCGAGACCUACAGCCUGUACGUGGGCUGCGACCUCAUCGACAGCUUCGCGCUGGACGAGCCGUUCUACGAGCACCUGCAGCCCGAGCGCAGCAGGAUGUACGUGGCCAAGGGCGCUGCCCGGGACAGCCACUUCAGGGGUUUGCUUCAGAAUGUCCACUUAGUCUUUGAGAAUUCUGUGGAAGAUGUUCUGAGCAAGAAAGGCUGUCAGCAAAGCCAGGGAGCCGAGCUCAACGCCAUCAGCGAGAACACGGAGACGCUGCACCUGAGCCCGCACGUCACCACGGAGUACGUGGGCGCGGGCGCGGCGCCGAGGCCGCCCGUGUGCGAGCGCUCCUGCGAGGAGCUGGGCACCAUGAUCAGCGAGCUCUCGGGCCUGCACGUCCUCGUGAACCAGCUCAACGAGAACCUCAAGAGAGUGUCCAACGACAACCAGUUUCUCUGGGAGCUCGUCGGCGGCCCCCCCAAGACCAGGAACGUGUCUGCUUGCUGGCAGGACGGGCGCUUCUUCGCGGAGAACGAGACCUGGGUGGUGGACAGCUGCACCUCCUGCACCUGCAAGAAAUUUAAGACCAUCUGCCACCAAAUCUCCUGCCCGCCCGCGACCUGCGCCAACCCGUCCUUCCUGGAGGGCGAGUGCUGCCCGUCCUGCUUCCACGCGCUGGACGGCGAGGAGGGCUGGUCCCCGUGGGCCGAGUGGACCGAGUGCUCCGUCACGUGUGGCUCGGGGACGCAGCAGCGAGGCCGGUCCUGCGACGUCACCAGCAACACCUGCCUGGGCCCCUCCAUCCAGACGCGCGCCUGCAGCCUGGGCAAGUGCGACACCCGCGUGCGGCAGGACGGCGGCUGGAGCCACUGGUCGCCCUGGUCCUCCUGCUCCGCCACCUGUGGCGUCGGCAACAUCACGCGCAUCCGUCUCUGCAACUCGCCCGUCCCCCAGAUGGGGGGCAGGAGCUGCAAAGGGAGCGGCCGCGAGACUAAAGCCUGCCAGGGCGUCCCCUGCCCAGUGGACGGCCGCUGGAGCCCCUGGUCGCCGUGGUCGGCCUGCAGCGUCACCUGCGCCGGCGGCAUCCGCGAGCGCGCGCGCGUCUGCAACAGCCCCGAGCCGCAGCACGGCGGCAAGGCCUGCGUGGGCGACGUCGUGGAGCGCCAGAUGUGCAACCGGCGCAGCUGCCCCGUAGACGGGUGUCUGUCCAACCCCUGCUUCCCCGGCGCCCAGUGCAGCAGCUUCCCCGACGGGUCCUGGUCCUGCGGCUCCUGUCCCUCGGGCUUCCUGGGCAACGGCACGCACUGCGAGGACCUGGACGAGUGCGCCCUGGUCCCCGACGUCUGCUUCUCCACCGGCAAGGCGCCCCGCUGCGUCAACACCCAGCCCGGCUUCCACUGCCUGCCCUGCCCCCCGCGCUACCGUGGCAACCAGCCCGUAGCGGUCGGCCUGGACGCGGCCAGGACGGAGAAGCAGGUGUGCGAGCCCGAGAACCCCUGCAAGGACCGGACGCACCGCUGCCACCGGCACGCCGAGUGCAUCUACCUGGGCCACUUCAGCGACCCCAUGUACAAAUGCGAGUGCCAGACGGGCUACGCGGGCGACGGGCUCAUCUGCGGGGAGGACUCGGACUUGGACGGCUGGCCCAACCUCAGCCUGGUCUGCGCCACCAACGCCUCCUACCACUGCGUCAAGGACAACUGCCCCCACCUGCCGAAUUCGGGGCAGGAAGACUUCGACAAGGACGGAAUCGGCGACGCCUGUGAUGACGACGAUGACAACGACGGCGUGACCGACGAGAAGGACAACUGCCAGCUGCUCUUCAACCCGCGCCAGUCGGACUACGACAAGGACGAGGUGGGGGACCGCUGCGACAACUGCCCCUACGUGCACAACCCCGCCCAGAUCGACACCAACGGCGACGGCGAGGGCGACGCCUGCUCCGUGGACAUCGACGGCGACGACGUCUUCAACGACCGGGACAACUCCUACGUCUACAACACGGACCAGAGGACACGGACGGCGACGCGUGGGGACCACUGCGACAACUGCCCGCUGGUGCCAACCCGACCGAGUGAGCCCCCUCUGCACGGACGGGACAACGACCUAUGUGGGACCCAGUGCGACAACAACGAGGACAUCGACGACGACGGCCACCAGAACAACCAGGACAACUGCCCCUACAUCUCCAAGAACCAGGCCGACCACGACGGCGACGGCAAGGGCGACGCCUGCGACCCCGACGACGACAACGACGGCGUCCCCGACGACAGGGACAACUGCCGGCUGGUCUUCAACCCCGACCAGGAGGACUCGGACGGUGGGUGCCCGCCGCUUCUCGGGCACGGGGACAUUGCAAGAACGACUCUUGACAACCGACAACGUCCGCGGAUUUGACACGUGUGCCCGCCGAGAAACAACGCCAUCAGCGAGACGGACUUCAGGAAACUUCCAGAUGGUCCCCCUGGACCAUCAAAGGGGACCACCAGAUCGAACCCACGUGGGUCAUCCCGCCACCCAAGGGAAGAGCUGGUGCAGACGGCCCAAUCCGACCACCGCAUCGCUUGUGGCUGUGGCUCCCGCCCAGGUUUCGAUGAGUUCGGGUCUGUGGACUUCAGCGGCACCUUCUACGUGAACACCGACCGCGACGACGACUACGCCGGCUUCGUGUUCGGCUACCAGUCCAGCAGCCGCUUCUACGUGGUCAUGUGGAAACAGGUCACGCAGACCUACUGGGAGGACCAGCCCACGCGGGCCUACGGCUACUCCGGCGUGUCCCUCAAGGUGGUCAACUCCACCACGGGCACCGGCGAGCACCUGCGGAACGCGCUGUGGCACACGGGCAACACGGAGGGGCAGGUGCGGACCUUGUGGCACGACCCCAAGAACAUCGGCUGGAAGGACUACACGGCCUACCGGUGGCACCUGACCCACAGGCCCAGGACGGGCUACAUCAGGGUCCUGGUGCACGAGGGGAAGCAGGUCAUGGCGGACUCGGGGCCCGUCUAUGACCAGACCUACGCCGGCGGGCGGCUGGGCCUGUUCGUCUUCUCCCAGGAGAUGGUCUACUUCUCCGACCUCAAGUACGAGUGCAGAGGUGAGCGUGAGCCCGGUGCGUGGGUGGGGGCCGCGUACACAGGUGGGGGGGAGCGCGCCUUCCACUUUCCUGUCACGGCAGCUGCGUAUCCUGCCGGUGACCUGCAGCGCGACCCACCCGUCAAGGUGCCUGCUUGUGCCCAGCAGAUGCUCUCUGGGUCAGCCGGGUUGUUUCUCUGAGCCUUAAUUUGCACUUGGAUGCCUUUGGUGGGACAGGACUUUCUGAUCAUUCCGAGGGUCCAUGGACCCCCACUGUCCCACCCCCUGCAGCUUCCUGCGUCGUCCAUGCCUCCCGGGCUCCUCUAGGCG